UUUUGCUUCCGUGAUUUCGAUUUGAUUACAGUGUUCGCAUGUCUCAGGAAAAGUUUUAAACGUUUGAUGCAAGAUGUCGACAUUUUCCAACAAUCCACGUCUUUUAACGAAAGAUGAGCUAAAAUCUGAAUUAAAGGCGAAUGGUAUUCCACUUCCGCGAGCUGAGCAAAGAAAGGCUUUUUACGUUGAUUUAUACCUGGAACGUUUGACUUCGCAAAAUCAAAAUGAAGAAUUUUCUUCCGAUGAAGAGGAGAUGUCCAAAUAUUCUCCCAUGCGAGCCAGCCAGAAGCUUCCGGUCAAGCUGCCCAAAAAGGUUGUCAUCAAUAAAAGAGUUAAGGGAGACCUGCCAUUCGAUGUGGCAGCUUUGUCUGAUGGCGAUCUUGCCAGGCAGCUGAAAUCAUUUGGAGCUACAGUAGGCCCUAUUACUGAAUCCACACGUCCUCUGUAUCAAAAGAAACUGGCUAAGUUGCUGACAGAAGAGAAAAGUAAUCCUGUCAUUCCAGUUGUGCCGAAAGUCUCUCCGAAGAAACCAAAGGCUUCUCCAGUUAAGCCCAGUAAUGAGUAUGUGGAGUUUUCUGAUGAUAAUGAAGUUUCAUCAGAAGAGAGAGACGUGGAAGAAGUGGAAGAAGUGGAAGAAGUAGAGCCCCUUCCAUAUGAGCUUGAUGGAGAAGACCAGCAAGACACAACUCCAAAGCGCUUUUCCCAUCCAAAAUCAUCAUCCACACCAUCAAAGGCAACACUUACAAAAAGAGUCCCACCAAGCAUGACAAUGGCAACACAGCAAACCCAACAAAUCCUUACCAAGGAUUCUGAGAACAACUUGUCCAAAGAACAUCCCAUGGAGACUGUGGCAAAGAAGAAGACUCCUGAGCCCAACAAGGAGGAACAUAGCAUAUGUGGUCCUCAUAUUCAAAUUCUGCUUGCAGUUGGAGUUUUUCUUGCUUUUACGGCUUUCUUGGUAUAUCAUCUGAUGGAAGAUAAUCCUUAUAAAAAAAUAGGGCAAGAGAGAAGUUGAGCACCAUUGACAAUAUGAUUGUUAAUGAGUGCUGCAGUCUGUCAGUAUACUUAUAGGUUAGAACUUAAAUAAUUUUCUCUGUGCUGUAUGUAUGUUGUAGAGAGUAAUUAUAAUGUUGCAUGUGAUGUAGCAUGAAAAUUCUGUGGAAGUUGGAUUUUGUAGGUUGGAAAAAAUUUUGUAAUGUGGAUUGGGAGAAAUUUCUCUUUGGAAGCACAGUUGUUUUUCAGUUUUCAGAUUAAGCAGUCCAACAUUAACAAGGAAGAAAAUGUGCUGUUAUCAACUUUUAUCUUUGUCUGAUUUUAUUUCUCGUUUUCUGUGGUACUUUGUGGAAUACUUUUUACAUUUUUGAAGAAUACUUUACUGCAUAUGAUUUCUGAAAAACACCAAAGUCAUUCAAAAAGGAAACCCUCUCCCGUUUUAGAAAUUUUCAUUCCCCUAAAGGUAGUAAGUUUUGCAAUUUUUUUUUCUGGAUCUAGUUAAGUAGAAGAAUUUGUUAAAAUUUCCAAAUUUGAAAAUUUGCCAAAGUUUUACACUACAUGUACAUACAAUACAGCUCAGAGGUAGAUGGCAAAUGCACAUGCAAAACUUUCGCACGUUUUUCACGUUCUGCGCCAAAAAAAGCACAUGUCUUGAGCAUGUUUUUGUUAUUGUGAUUAAUGCAGUCAGCUUGCUUUGUUUUGCAUUGUUUUGGAAAACAAAGGUUUUCUUUCUUUAAGUCCAGCUGCUGAAGCAUCAAAUCAACAUUUGAAUAUCUCAUCUAAGGGACGCAAUGGCUGCUGUUUCAAUGAAAUGUUGAAACAACUUGUUGCGAUUCCACAAGAAUUUUGUAAAAUAAGUUUUCGAAAGUUUUGAAGAUGUGAAUAAUUAACUGUAUACUGUAGUAGUUAACCCUUUGAGUGACUAAUACCUAAGAGUGACCAGCAUCUAAUUUCUCUUUACAAUAUCACCCCUCAAUCAGACAUUAAGGUCACGAGAAUGAAGGAAAUGAUCACCAACCAAAAAGACUGAUGAUUUCUAAACAAAUUCUCCUUGUCAGCACCUUAAGAAAUGUAUGAAGUACAGUAUGGAGAUUGUAUACUGAUGUUAGGAUGUUAAGGGUUUAAUGGUGAAAUUCUUGGAUAACCAACAGUAUGUUGCUUGUUAAGAUGAGUUGACUUUUUUCGUCCACUUAUGUUAAACUAGAUUCUGAGUAGGAGAUUUUCAAUUUCUGUCAUGUUUCAGUUUCAGAACUUGUUCUCAGGUUUUAGUUAGAAUACAUUUACAUAUCUUGUUUGAUGUUUUGGUGUGUAGUAUCUCUGAGCAUUUUUGUUGGGCCGUAUUUUGAUGAACCUGUAGGGCAAGUCAAAAUGCAAACAACAGGUUAAAAUGCUCAGCAAAACUAUACACCAAAACAUUUAAUAAGUUAUUUAUUAGCCAAGUGCCUUGUUUUAGGUGCAUAUCUCAUUAGGGAAGGGAAAAGAGGAGGAGUUCCAGAGGUAUAGCACAUGCUUCCAAAUAGUUUAACAAGUUUGUUACUUUUGUACAAAAUAACCAGCUGUCAUCUGAGCAUGAUUUAUACUCUAGUUGGUGCAGUUGGAUAAUAAUGCCUGAUACUAACUGCAGAAGCUUUAGCAUGGUCAAUUAAGAAAGAGACAUUUUCUGACAAAGGAAACUUCUUGUUAGGUGAUUUUCGAAAUUUCUGUUUGGGUCUUUGCCACAGUGAAUAUUUGUGAUGGUAUUUUCUGGAAGAUCAAUUAUUUAGAUAAAGUUUCUUUUCCAUUUCAAGUAUUUAUUUAAAUAUAGCUAGAUUAUUUUGAUUUUUGCACUACUUAUUCCAGUAAGGAUAUCCCCAGAUAUGUUUCUUUGCAACCACUAGUCAUGCUUCCAUUUUUUUGAUACUAUAUCUUAGUUUGUUAUUGUACAUAAAGUAGAUAAGUUUUUUUAAUUUUGUUUAUCUUUUUUUUUAAUUAAAACAUAAGUUUUCUUUCCUUUUGGAAACUGUUUGUAAUUCUAUAUAUUGUCACAAUCUCUUCUGGGCUUAUACUUCAUUGUAAAUUAGGAGAAUUUUGUUUUGUAUCAAAUAGCACUCUAUAGCUACUACCUACUGCCUCUCUCUGUCGUCUGUCUCUGAUGGAUAAAUAAUCAAAAUUGUGAGAAAUGAUUA